AUGUCGCUCUGGGACGACGAGACGGUCAACAUGAAGUGGCUCGACUCCGACUUUGGCCACCCGCCAUCCAACCUGCGCGGGCCUUGCCCCGGCGACGAGACGAGCACGCCCGAGUACGUGCGCGAGAACUAUCCAAACAGCUUUGUCAAGUUCAGCAACAUCAGUGCGGCUGCGACCUCCUCGGCCGGUCCUGGUGCACACCAGACCACUGCCACGCUGACCUGA